UGGUAUUAUUUGUUAACAGGCAAAUAUACUAUUGCGAAUGGAGUGUCAGUACGUCAUGUAAGGUAAACUGUCAAAAACAUAUGAUAAGGUCUACGGAAUUUUGUGUGUGUUGUAUAAAAACAAAACGCGUGUUCACCUGAAGUCGCAAUUUAAUUGCUUACAUCUACCAAUUUCUUUCCCUGCAAGUGUAAUAUUUGAAGAACUCUCAUCAAAAUGGGUAUGGUACAGAAGCGUAAGAAAAUGCACUCUGGCGAUACGCAUUUGCGGCGACGCUGGCGUGUACGCAGCAGGCGACGUGAUCUUGAUCAGAUUGAUGACGAUCUGCGUACGAAAUCCGGAGAGCUCAUCGAUCAACAGGUGGAUCUUGAACAAACUGGUUUCGCACAAUUCUACUGUGUACAUUGUGCCAAAUAUUUUAUCGACGACCACGCAAUGCAGGCACACUUUCGCACCAAAGUGCACAAACGUCGCAUGAAAGCUUUAGAAUUGGAACCGUAUACCGUUGAGGAAGCCGAACGUGCUGCUGGUCAAGGUAGUUAUAAAGCGCCGAAAAAGCGUGUUAUAAAAACACAACCCACAAAAGCGGAAGUCAAGAAGGGUAAACGUAUACAAUUGGAAGAGAAAUUGGAGGAGGAUGAGGCGCCCAAGUCAAAGAGAAAAGUGGAGAAAAUGCAAACAUAAAUAGUGUAUAUAUCAUUUGCCAGAAAUAACAAAUAUGCUUUGUUUGAGAAACUAAUAUAUCGAUUUCUACGCUAUUAAUAAAAAAUAAAAACUAGAAUAAGGAAAGUAA